AUGGAUGACCCUCUCGUUCAAGCGCUGCCUCCAGCGACAGACUAUUUGACUUACUUGACUCUGUUAGAGUAUCAAUUGACCCCAGAGCGGUUGCCACUUCUGCACACGCUUCUACAAGAUGAGAAGCUUACGACGAACAUCGGUUGGGACUUGGUGAAGCUGUUACUUCCCAUGCUACCCGCAUCCACCGACUGUCUUCAGGAUGUGGCACGAUUGGGAAAUCCCCGUGAAGUCAUUUUGCGUGUCUCGGAGUCUUUGAUGCAACUCCAGCCUGAAGACGAUGACGAUGACGACGACGACGACGAGGACGAGGCGACUGAUACGGGGCUGGCCCUACACAUCGUACAGUUCAAUUGUCUUCUCGGCAUGCUGUCGACACUCCAUACACGCAUUCAAACCAAGGCGCCUAGUCGAUUUAUCGCGACGUCCCUUCACGCAGCCCUAGAGGCAUACACAUCGAUGCCGACCAACGAGACCACUUUGGCCUUCCUCCAGUUCCUUCAUGCAGUUUCUCCGUCCAAACGACCGGCCCCUCCUCCGCGUGCUGCCAGCGAAUCGAGUGUUCUUAGGGUUGCUGCAGCAUCAGCACCGGAUCCCGAGGCGGAAGUAACGUCGCCCUCUCCAUCUGCUGAUAAUGAAACUCUUCUUGUGCGGAAAUUUACACAGUUUGGUUUGCUUGAGCUGCUGAAGUCAUAUCUAUUGAGUAUGUCCGGUCCCGCGGACCCGGGUAUGUCGUGGACUAUUCGCAUGCAGGAGCGUCUGCAUCCUAAUCUGCGGUUACCCACCCAGUCCCAGACUGAUGCAUAUGGAUCUACUAAGGAGCUCAAGGAGCGUGACAUGAUCAUGGGAAAGCUGGUGGCUCUAUCACGAGAUGUUGGAAUUAAUAACAAUGACUUGUUAUCAAUUAUUUCCCAAUCACCCACAGACCAACCCGCACAGCUCGACUUUGAGGAUCCCCCGAGAAACCCCGAUGAGAUUCCCCUCGAGCGUCAUGGCUCACUUCUUCUGCUGGCAGCUCGGGCCGCGGGGUCUACACUAUUCUCCUCUGGACAGCCGAUGCCUGACUUGCCCGUGUUUCCCAGCCUGGCAGAAAUUUUCAACCACUUUGUUGGAGGUCACACAAGCCUCGAUGAUAUCGCAUUUGGGCAGCCGCAUGCACUCCUCGACUCUCUCAUGGCCAUCACGGUCUACGCUUUGCAACAACCCAUCAAAGCGACGCCCAGCGAAACCCAGUUUAAGGAUUUCAUUGUGACCCUGACUGCAUGCACAGCACGUCAAAGUCAUGGCAUCGUUCGCCAGAUUCCGGCCACUGUUUUCCAAAGCCACCCAUCAGCCGAAACUAGAUUCAAGCUUGUCUACAAGAUCUUGAAUGAUGAUCGCCUAGUCUCCGCCCGGGAUAGUGCGAUCGCAUGGUUGAAGGAUGAGCUGCUGCGAAGCUCUGAUCAGUCAUUGGACAAUGUAUUCCAAGACCCGCUCUACUUCUGGGCUCUCUUCCCGCAUCUUUUCUCUUCUGUUACUGCUUCCGGCUCAGCACCUAGCAUUGUUGCAACAUGGACGCGUCUCACUCAAACCGAAGGUCCGCCACUUCACUCCGCUUUGAGUCUGUAUUAUCUCCUGCUUUCCUCACCUGUUCUACGAGAGAAACUUCAGCUCGAAAAGACCGUCAAGUUUUUCCGUAGCCAGGCUUUGGAACCCCUUCGGCAGGUGUUCCACAGCUUCGAAUCUGAUCUUGCUUCCAAGGGAGGUGAGGGUGUCAUUGAAGCUGCAGUCGGCGAGGAGAUGUGCGAAGUCGGCAACGCACGCUCAGUCGGAAUCAUUGGUCUUACUCUGGAUCAAAUUGAGGAGACGAUUAGUGAUGCCUUUGGUUCAGACGACGCAGAUCUCAGCGACUAUUCCGAGGUCGAUCAGGCUAAGGUUUCGGACAUUCAGAAGCGGAUGGAUGUUUGGAAUUAA